AAAAAGUAAUCCAGCAUAAAAAAGAUACAUGAAAUCAGUAUAAUCACUAAAAAUCGAAAACGAAACAAAAAUUUGAAACGAAAACGAGGUUCGGAAUUUGUCGGAUUGGAGGAUCCUGAGAAGGUAUCCCCACCAUGGAUGUGCAAGUAGAGGAGCAGGUUAAAGCGUUAAAAAUCGGUAGCUCAUCGGAAAAUAUAAUCAAAUUGCUCCGUCGAUUCCUCGCCGUACAGCAACGCCGUGCCCUUGCUUAUGCCCGCCUUAAACGGGGAUUUGAGAAUUAUAUGAUUUCUGGGGGUGAGAUAGCUUACCAGCAGCUUUGCAGUGAGAUAACAGUCGAAUUCAAUGAUUGUUCGAAGCAGGUACUUGAAUUGGAAUCACUGUUCGCAAGUCCCGAUAGUUGCAGAGAGGAUCUAGCUCACUUGCUACGAUCAGUUCAAGAGCAAGAAAAGGAGAAAUUGAACUUAACAGCUACGAUUCAGGUUCUGAAAAAGGCCGGGCGGCCCUCAGAACGUCUGGUGAGUCACGAUAAUUGCCGUUUCAGACAGUCAACGGGACACGAGUGUCUUCACAUCCAGCAGAUAACCGAAGGUUCUGGCACAGAAGAGGCGGAGGCCGAUGCUCAGUACGAAAAUGCACUCAAGGAAGCCAUUAGAGGCGUGCAGGACACAGUCCUCGCAAUUAACCAACACUUGGAAGAAGUCAGGUACGAGAUUGAAGCUCUUGAAGCCGAAUAACCAUAUUCUACUCGUAUUCUUUCUCGUGGGUGCAUAAAUCAUAAAGGCAGUACUGUGAAGUGCUUUUCUUGGGGACUUUAUAUUGGAAAAGUAAAUUGUCAUCGAGGGAGGUUGGGUGUAAGAAUGGAAGAUAUUAACAUGCGUAAAAACCUAAUGAAGGAUCGGUUAUGCGAUAUUGGAAGUUUGCUUUUCGUAUCUUGUUUGUUAUGUGUCCGUAGAAUAUUAAGACGGCGUAAAGCAAAAUAAAAUAAAUAUUAGAUGCUCACAUCAUAUGAAAAGCCAUUGACUAAACCUUCAAUCUAUCAAAUAACAAUAGUAAGACAAAUGGAGGCUCCCCAAAAAUAAAAAGAAAAGAAAAAAAUCUGAGAACCCUUUACUUAUUAUUUUUACUCGAUGCAGUAAUAAAGUAAAACUGUAGCAAAUCUAGGUAAAACAGAGAGUCCAAGUCAGCUAGAAACGGAAGCAGAAACAGCCCCGCGGACGAGACCUCUUGGGGGGCUUCUUUUGGGGAGAAGCCUCACGCUCAGCAGAAACAGCCACCGGACGAGACUUCUUCUUGUGGGACUUCUUUUGGGGAGCGGCUGCACGCUCAGCAGAAACGGCCUUCUUGUUCGACUUCUUCUUGUGGGACUUUUUCUUGUGGGACUUCUUCUUGGUGACCGACCGCACGCUCUUGCGACGACGACGAGAGGCUGGAGGGUGGGCCGAUGAGGUCGGCUUCCAGCUAGAAUCGGAAUCUGAAGUCGAGCUAGUAUCGGAAUGAGUGGAAAUAGAGUACGAGCUCGUCGUGCUAAUAGUGGAAGUAGAUGAAAUAGAGCUCGAGGUCGUCGAGCUAGUAUCGGAAAUAGAGCUCGAAGUUGAGCUGUGGCUGGAUGAAGACAUGCUCGAAGUUGAGCUGUGCCUGCACCCGAGUACUUCUUGUGCUUGCACUAGUGCUUGCUUUUUGGCUAGCUUUGCUGCAUGGAUUAAUAUAUUUAUAUAUAUAGAUUUAGGGGAUCUUGGUUAUUUGGAAAGAAUAUUUUUAAAUAUAAAAGUUAUUCAUUUGAACAAAUUAUUAUAUAUAUUUAUAUUUGGG